ACUGGGCUAGAUGGACCUUUGGUCUGACCCAGUCUGGCCGUUCUCAUGUUCUUAAAGGAACUGGUUUGGUGUGGUGUGUUUUGACAAAGCCAUGCGGGCUUUCGAAGCUGAGUUGUGGGCCUGCCCGGGUAAGCCGCUGGCAGGCCGCAAGGCGCCUUGUCUAAGUGCCCAUAGACGCGGAGCCUCGUAUUGACUGGGUGCCUGGCCCCAUGAGAGGUUAACCAGUUAACCCAGUUAUUUACAUGCCUAGCCCAGGAUGCUUUGUGACUCAUGUUGUCUCCCUCUCGGCACAGGACGUCCGUCGGAGAGCACAGCACCAUGCCUGAGGGAGCCCGUCGGGGCAGCCACAAGAAAGCAGGCAAUCAAGCAGCUGCCAGGCCGUCCUCUGUGUCCUCGCUGAGCGGGAUUGCCGACAGCAUGGCCGCCGCCGCCAUCUCGGGCAGCUGCACCUCAGUCAACACCGUGUGCUCGGAUGGAGAUCGGCCCGUCAGCCUCAGCUCCUCCGCUUCCUCAGCCUCCCUGCCUGACAGCCAGAGCGCCUUCGGCAGCAGCGGGGCCCUGGGUGGAGGUAGCUCCGCCGGCUAUCCCCCCGACGCCCAGCAGAGCGGCAGUGACAUUAACCUUGACCUCACCCCCGUGCUGCUGCUGGAGGGGCCGGUUGAGGCCGAGCAGCCCCCAGGGGGCGCCAAACGCAGCAGCGGCACCUGGUCCCCUGGGCCCUCCAGAGCCAGGGAACGCCGGGCUAAGCUGUCCCAGCUGGACCGAGUGGUGCUAGAGAUCGUGGAGACGGAGCAGGCUUAUGUCCGAGACCUGAGGAGUAUCGUGGAGGAUUAUCUGGGCUGUAUCAUAGACUGCGGGCACCUGCCCCUCAAACCCCAGCCAGUGAACACCUUGUUCUGCAACAUCGAAGACAUCUAUGAGUUCAGCAGCGAGCUGCUGGAAGAGCUGGAGAGCAGCAGCAGCGCCCAUGCCAUCGCCGAGUGCUUCGUGCAGCGGAGCGAGGAAUUUGACAUCUACACCCUGUACUGCAUGAACUACCCCAAAGGGACCAGCUCGGGCUCUCUCUGGCUGGAAUCUGCCCCAGGUCCACCAGUUGCCGUGGCCCCUGCCCACGGGGGGAUCUGGUGGGUGCUUGGACGGGCCUCUGCCUGCUGCCCCCAGGAGCUGACCCGGCACUGUGAGCGGAGCAGCGCAGGCUAUGAGGCUGUGGAGGAAGCCACCAUCACCAUGACAGCUGUGGCCUGGUACAUCAACGACAUGAAGCGCAAGCAGGAGCACGCUGCCCGGCUGCAGGUGAGGGGGGGGUCACUGUGCUGCCCCCCAGCCAACCCUCCGCACAAAGGGCCCCUUCCAUCCCUCCCAGGCCUCUGUGCUGGCCCCAGGUGGGACCUCGUACCCCUCCCCAGACCCCAGAUGGGGACCCAAAGACACGCCCCAAGCUGUACCCCUCUAGGCCAGGUCCCCAGGUGGGCGUCUUAUCCUUGGGGGGAGGUAGGCAGGGGAGGGGCACCCCAAUCCACUAUGGGGGGGCCUGUCUUCCCCUUUGCCAGCUUUCGCCCUCCACCCAUGGGGGCUGUGGCCCCCAUCGAGGGGCACCCUGUCCCUGGGCAGUCCCCCUCCCCACCGGUUCUCCCCAGCUCCUUCCAGGGCACUCGGGGCCCCCGGAGGGGCCAGCAGCCAGAGGGGGAAGGGCCACACCAUGCUCUCCCUCCCCUGCAGUGCUGUAACCUGGCCCUGUCGGAGAGCACCAAGGACCCGCUCAGCUUUAGGAUCUCGGACCUCACCAUCCCCAAGCAGCAGCACGUGGUGCAGGCCAGGAACCAGGAGGAGAAGCGGCUGUGGAUCCAUUACCUGAAGCGCCUGAUUGUUGAGAACCACCCCGCGUCUAUCCCUCAGAAGGCCAAGCAAGUGUUGCUGGAAAACAAUUUCCAAAAGCCGCCUGAAUUCAUAUGCAGCCCAGAGAGAGCUGGCAAAAGCUGCCCGGUCCUGCAGCUGGACAGCACCCCCCAGUCCCGCCGUGGCCGCAGGAAGUCCGAGCCAGGCACUGAGCUGAGCCAGAUGGGAGUGCAAAAUGGUCGCUGUCGGGGGCUCCCAGCCACCCCCAAAUUGAAGCACGCGGGCAGUGAGGGGGAGCUGUUCCCCGCCCCACCGCCCAUGGUGUCCUCGGGCAGCGCCUGCACCCUGGCCUCCAGCAUGGCGGAGGCUGAGGAGUCUGGCUCCGGCGAGGAGGCUGAGUCGCCCCCGUUCUGCCUGGCCCCGGAGCCGCUGUCCAUCACCGAAGAGAUCCUGGAGCUGCUCAGCCAGAGGGGGCUGAGCAGGGAUCUGGGCACAGCCGAGGCCUGCCCAGAAAUUCCUCCAUUCCCCACCACCUGGUCCGGUGUCGGCGAGUUGGCGUUUUCUGAUGGAAAAAUCCUUUGUUGGGACAUCCCCCCCAAGCCCGGCUCUAAUGCUGCUGUUGUCUGCUUUGAUCCCCAGGAUCUGCCCCUGAACCCAGCCAGGCCGGAAGAACUGGCAGAGGGAAGUGAGGUUCCAGAGGGAGACGCAGCUGGGUCAGAAGAGCCCUCCUGUGGCAGCCUCAGAGUAAUGCAACCCCCUGCCCUGUGUCGGCCCCCCAGCAGUGAAUCAGAGGAGCUGGGCCUUUCCCCUCUCUGUCCCCUCGAAGACCCGGGUGCAGAGGAGGCUGACUGCCAGCCGCAGGUCCUGGCAUGGAGUAACGUGCUCCGUGCAGGGCGUGAGGCAUCCAGCGGGCAGCCCGCUACUGCCAAAGGGGCGUGCCCCCCGUGCAGGGCUGGGUCGGUGGGGCUGGGCCCACGCCCCUGCAGCCCAGCGGGUGGGACCACGUGGGAUUCCACACUGACCCGCGACGACCGGCUGCUGAUCGAGAAGAUCAAGGGCUACUAUGAGGCAGGCGAGGCUGCCCCAGACCCCCCAGCUCGCGAGGGUGCCCUCUCCGUCCCGGCUGGCGUGGUGCGGGAAUCCGUGCUCCACCUCAGCCGCCUCCCCCAGCAGGAGGGCACCGCCAUGGACAAUGAGGGAGGCAUGGCUGGGUGGGCCAAGGCCCGGCCUGCCCGCCAGGAGGAUGCUCGGAGGAGGUGGGGCCAGGUUCUUGACCAAUAUGAUUCCGAGCUGGGGCAGAGCGAGAUCUUUGACCAAGGCACGCAACUUGGCGCCAGCCAAGAGGAUGCUGGGAAGGGACAAGGCCAGUCUAUCAACCCAGGCGUUCAUGACACCAACCAAGAGGAUGCUGGGAAGGGGCAGGGCCAGAUCUUUGACCAAGGCACUCAACUUGGUACCGACCAAGAGGAUGCUGGGAAGGGGCAGGGUCAAUCCAUCGACCAUAGCACUCAACCUGGUGCCAACCCAGAGGAUGCUGGGAAGGGGCAGGACGAGCCUAUCAAUCCAGCCUUCCAAGGCACCAGCACAGAGGAUGCUGGGAAGGAGGAAGGUCAACUCAUUCACCAAGAUAGUGGCGCUGGCGCCAACCAGGAGGAGGAGAAGGGGAGGGGCCAGCCCGCCAGCCCUGCUGCUCCGCCCCCCGCCAGUCAGGAGCCAGAGUACAAGUCAUGCGCGGAGAUCCGGCAGGCCUGGCGGGAGAAAGAGCGGGGGGUCGUGGAUGCCCUGGGAGCUGGUGCCCCCCGCAGGAAGUGGGGCAGCAAAGGGCGGCCCGCCGUCCGUGAGCCUGCACCGUUCCUGGAGCCCCUGCGAAUCGUGGAGGAGUCGGAUCUGGCCACCGUGCCCCGGCCUCCCCACAGCAAUGGGGUCCCUCGUGCUGACACGGCCCCGCCUGCCGGCUACCCCCCCCCGCCGGGGCUGUAUGAGGAUAGCGCCCCCUGCGUGCUGGAGAACUCGGAGCGGAUCCUGAGCAAGGUGCAGGCCCUGGCGCGGAUGUACAGCGAGAAGAUUGGCCGGGCCAAGAUGCCCCGGAGGGUGCAGGACGGGCCGCGCCGCCCGGCAAACAGCAGGACGGGCGCCCUGGAAAGCGUGUGGGAGGAGAUGCCAGGACCCCUCCUCCCUCGCUGCGAGCCCCGGAUCUACGGCCAUGUGCUCAUCCGCGAGCCCCCCUUGCACGUGAACUGCGUCCAGGAGAACGUACCACUGGUGGCUGCCGCCCGAGACAAUGCUCUGGAUCUGCGCAGUGACCGGCCUCCGCCUUUGCUGGCUCCUCAGCCCCUGGCUUCGCUCUCCACAGAGGAUCCGGAACCCACCGACCGGGAGCUCCCCAGCCCAGACUCCCCAGCGGCUAUUCCGCCUCCCCCCCCACUGGUGGAAGUGGCAGGGGAGCGCCCCCCAAAGCUCAGCAAGGACCCCCCAACCCCAGGAGACCUGGCUGGGGCUGGUCCCAGCAUGGGCCGCUCUCCCCCCCCUGCUGCCGAAGCUGCCAGUGGAACUGGCAUGGUGCUUGAAGCCUUGGACUUUGAGGGGGCCCAGGGCCCCUCGGUGCCAGGCUGCCGAGCUGGGCUGGAGGGGGCAGCGGCUUGCGGGCGACAGGGCGAGAUGGUCGCUGGGGAGGUUUCCGCGGAUGCUGGGGCGCUCCCGGUUGCCUCCUCCAGCCCCGGGGCAGAACAGCAGCUUGCACCCUUGGGCGUGGGCGCCGGCCUGUUCGCGGAGCCCGACCUGCUGGGGGCGGGCCCCUCCAUCCUGGCAGAGGAGCGGGCCCUGGGUUUGGGCAGGGAUUGGCGACUGGGCACCGAGGAGCAGCUCCCCCAGCGGCUGGCAAGGCCCGUCAGCUGUGGGACAGGAGAGGGGUCCCUGCCUCCCGGCCCGGGCGCCAGUCCACUGGCAGCACCCGAGCAUGGCAAGCCGCUGCCUGCUCCCUCUGUUCCUGCAGGAUCCCCAUCUCUGCGCCACAGCAGCUUCCUGUCCCCAGCGGCCCCUCCGUGCCGUGGUCCCCGGCUGCCUUCCCGGGCCACGAGCGUGGCACACCCAUCCCCCAAGCUGCCCGUGGAUGCAGCUGCCCGGGCCGGCCCCUCCGUGGCCCAGACGGCUCCCACUUCUCCGCCCAGCUCUGGCCUGGAUCGUAGCCCCGUGCCGGCUCUGCUACGCCUGCAGCCCUCCCCGGCACACCGGCGCCUCUCGUCCAGUGCCGCAGCCAUCUCCAGGUACCUCGCCGCCUCCUGCAUCAGCCAGAGCCUGGCCAAGAGACAUGGUGCCCCCCUGGAGCCCUCUGGCACCCAGCCUCUGCUGGCAGCCACCCCCGCCCCCACCAGGCCUCUGCCUCCAUGCUCAGCCAUCCCGAGGUUGCCUCCUGGCUCCGUAGGCUCCAGAGCCCCAGCACCCCAGUCUGCUCCAUUCCCCCAAGAGGAGACCAACACCUGGGUCCAUUGUAGCCGCCAGCCGGACCCUUCCCCGCUCCGCACCUGUCCCGCUGCCCGUGGUUUUCCCAGCUCACCCUCUCCCCCAGCCUUUUGCCACGAGGCCAGCUGGCCCAGGGAGCCCACAGCCAUGCUGCUGGCCUUUGACCGUCUCUUGGGGACAUGUCCGGCCCCCAGGGCCAAGCAGCCAGCCCCCUUCUCUGCCUCAGAGCCCAGCUCUAGGGUCCAGUCUCCAGCGCCGGCCUGCCCACGGGUGUGCUCUCCCCCUCCCUCCAGCCAGCGCCCUGCAGGAGGGGUAGCCAGCUGUGCCCCCCCACGGCCUUACUCCUUCACCCCUGUGCACAUCCCAGCCCAGCCUUUCGCCCCCCGCCGCUCCUCCCCUCUGCCGCCCACCUCCCACCCCUGUGCCUCAUUACCUCAGCCAGGCAGGAGGGCAAAGGAGCACCCUGAGAGCCCCCUGUCCCCUGGGGAGGGCGACAGGGUGGGGUGCUGCUCUGGAGUGCCUCCUAGUGACUCCCCCAUCCUCAGCCCUGAUGAACUGGAGGGCAUCAAGUGGCCAGCUGUCCCCGACUUGCGAUCCAGGUAUGCCAGCCAGGAGGGUGGCCCGGGGGCACCGGGCUCGCCAGAGGAUUGCCCCAAAGUGAGAGCGGACUUGGGUCGGGACACGGGCCCCCAUCGGGCCAGCUACUCCACCACCGUCAACAUCCAGAUCGGGGGCAGCGGCCGGAUCGCCUCCUUCAGCAACGCUCAGGUCAGCCUCACCCACCCACUGCUGGCAGGGCCCGGGCUGCACAGCGCCAGGCGGAUUAACAGCAGCACCUUAGAGACCCAGCAGAAAACGUGACAGCCCGAGGGGGCGGGGCUUACAGCUCUGCGCACCUGGGGACCAAUGGUAAU